AUGCAUCCAUUGGCCGCCGCUCGCGUGAAAGCACUCAACAGCCUUCCGUCUCCACACCGAGAGGUUGCACUCGCCGCUUGUCAACUUGAUUGCUCUGAUUCAGACUACUGCCGAUUCGACCGCCUUUGGUUGAGCGCAGACAGCACACUAUACGGUCGCCUCUUUUUAGUCUUGUUCGCUGUCCUGGAUUCGGAACGAAUUCCACCACUGGCGCGCAUUGAAGACCUGUCUUCUACCGAAAAGAGGCAGAUACACCAUGUCUAUGGCGUAUUUGAUAUGUGUAGCUUCGUUAUAGCCUGGGUGGAGUUCCUCUACGACGCCCACGACUUCCUCCUCUUGAUCAAGGACGUUGUUACAGUUGACGACAAGAUGGUGCUGCCGCCCAAGACUACGCUGCUUGUGGGCUUUGCGCACUUCACUCGGGCAGUAGAGGUAAAAUGGGUCCAGAAAUACGAGUGUGACAUCGAUCGUCUGGCGGGUAACCUGGGCCCGUCUCGCGUCUUCUGGAAUAGCCCGGCAUACCUCCGUCUCAUGGUUGACGCCUGGCAAUAUACUCUGAGCCAUCCCAGGCCGGACGUGAGCAUGCUACAUGACUGCAUCGCCAUGAUACCAGCCACUCUAUCCCAUUCUCAGCUUGACGUGCUCCUGGAUGCGGCGGGCGGGUCGGUCGACAGUCUUGUCCGCUUCGUCAAAAAACAUCUCACGCUGGUCGACGAAGUCCCCGCCAAACUACGCACUCGGCACUUCAUAAUCCUGUCCUGCCGCCCGCUCGAACUUCUACUCCACGUCGAAGAGCUGCUGGUGGCCGACUCGUCUAAUCGUGGCCCGGUCCAGGCGGGCGCGGUGGCAGAGAGUUUGGUGUCGUGCCACCUCUUCCCUAAAGUACUCGUCGUGCUUGACGCCGCGCUGGAUAUGGCAAACACACCCUCUAACCCUGCUCCCGCCGAGUUUUGGCUGCGCACUCUCCGAACCGUGCUAAGUGUAACAAACACAAUUAUUGACUCGGGAUCACACCCACUCCGCAUAGCGCUUCACCAUGACUUCCUUCCCCGCAUGCUUCAAAUUGCACUAUUUCUACCAGAUGAGCUCCUCUCCGCAAAUUUGCAGCGCAAUCAACACGUCUUGAAUGCCGGGCAGCAUCGUGCACAAUGUGUCGCGCAGGCCGCUGACGGAACCGCGAUGGCGAACAAGACUGAGCGUGAUUCGCUCAAAGAGAUGGUAGCGUGUUGCGGGGACCCAUUGGCGGCAGACGAGGCUGAUCUGAAGAAGGCUGGGCCGGUCGUCGUGCAGGAAAUCGAGGAUGGCGUCGAUGAGCUCCUGGGCGAGGGAAGCAACGACGGACAUCAGCUAAACGUCAUCAUGAUUACGAAGUAA